AUGCUACCCGAACCUGAUCAACCUCGACAGUCUGACAUCCCGCACAGCGCGGAGCCACGUGCCUCUGUACACAUCACGAUUGAUGACCCUUACGGGCCUGAGCAUAGCCAUGUUAGCAUUCUAUCUCAACUGCAUUGCACGCAUUGGACAAAGCUCGAAGUCUCGGGCGACGCUUCUUGGGACGUUACACGCGUUAUCGACUGCUUCGGACAAGCAAAGGCCGUAGAGGCGCUUUCGCUCAAAGACCUCGAGGCGGACGACGCCGCUGCGUUCUUCUAUGCGUUAAAUCCGCACUUUCUGGAGUUCGAAGGCCGGCCAGAGACCUCCUACUUUCCCCAACUACAAUACCUGUACGUCAGCGGCAUCAACUUUGGCUGUUCAAGAGCCGCGUGCGAUGGUCCGCUCUCGUUGGGAAGUAUACUCAAUACGACGUUGAACUUCAGGAAAGUGGCGGGUCAUGAGCUUUCUCUUCUCACCGUAAAGGCGUGCUCGGUCUCUUUCGACGAUGUGUGGGAUUGGGGUCAAGGCGGUAAGUGCACGACAGUGGAGUGGGACGACGACGAGGGCGAAGCGCAUGUGCAUUUGUCUGAUGUUGAAUCGGACGGGGAUGAUGGAGAUGGCAACUCUGAUCAGGACGGCGAGGAGUAG